UCCGGGCUACGGCUGCCGGGGAGUGCGGCGGGUGGUCACCUUCCCUGCGGGCCGCAGCAUGGCGGCCGGGCCUCCCCCGCCGCUGGAGCCCAGCCCGCUGCCGGUGUUCACGGAGGAGGGCUUCGGGGACAAGUUCCUGCGCAAGACCCGCGAGAACCCCCUGGUGCCUCUGGGCUGCCUCUGUACGCUCGGUGUCCUGACCUACGGACUGAUCAGCUUCCAGAGAGGCAACACCCGUCGUUCUCAGCUGAUGAUGCGGGCACGUAUACUGGCCCAGGGCUUCACCUUUGCGGCCCUCCUGGGAGGCAUGGUGGUCACAGCCAUGAAAUCUAGAAAGUGAAGUUGGACAAGACAGAAGCUGCGGCCCACGGGUGUGUACCUACCAACCUGUACCCCAGCUGGCAGGAUGGAUUCUCGCUGCAGAUGCAGUUUUAUGAGAGACAGUUGUGCAGUCUUGGUGGAGCCAGUGCCAGAGAGGCUCUGUGUUCCAGAGCACUGGAAGCGCAGCUAAUACACCUCAGUGAUUAACCAGAAA